UUGAAUCAGAGUAUUUCAUGGAGCCCAGACGAAACCAAUGUUUUAAAAUUAAAAUAUAGUUAAAAACAUGGCAAACACAGGCUUAUUGCCUUUUGUGCGUGGUGUUGAUUUCACUUGCAAUGACUUUAGUGGCGACAAAUUUCCCGAUGCAAUUCGUUACAUGACCGGGCUUCAAUGGCUCAGGCUUGAUAAAACAAAUUUAGAGGAAAUUCCCGAGGAAUUAGGAAAGCUCAUGAAAUUGGAAAAUUUAUCAUUGAAGAAGAAUAACUUAGAAAAGUUAUUUGGAGAACUGACAGAAUUAAAAUGUUUGCGUUCCUUGAAUGUAAGGCACAACAAUGUUAAAAGCUCAGGAAUACCAGCCGAAUUGUUUCGUUUAGAAGAAUUGACAACUUUAGACCUAUCUCAUAACAGACUAAAAGAAGUACCUGAAGGAUUAGAAAAAGCCAAAUCCCUUCUCGUUUUAAACCUUAGUAAUAAUAAAAUUGAAAGUAUACCACCAACACUGUUUGUUCAGCUGACAGAUCUAUUGUUUCUAGAUCUUUCUAAUAACUCUUUGGAGACUCUUCCUCCUCAAACUAGAAGACUGGCUAACCUGCAGACUCUUAUACUUAACGACAACCCACUUGGAUUAUUUCAGUUGAGACAGUUACCGUCACUACAGAGUCUGGAAACUCUCCACAUGAGAAAUACACAGAGAACUCUCGCCAAUCUACCAACGUCACUCGACACUCUUUGCAACUUGUCUGAUGUGGACUUAUCUAAAAAUGCAUUAACAAAAGUACCUGAUGCACUAUACUCCUUACAAAAUUUGAAAAGGCUCAAUUUAAGUGAUAAUGAUAUCACGGAAAUUUCGACAGCGAUGGAUAUUUGGCAAAAACUCGAAAGUUUUAAUUUGUCACGAAAUAAGUUGACCGUACUACCAGCUUCGUUGUGCAAACUACAGAAUUUGAGACGACUCCACGUGGAUGAUAACAAACUGGACUUCGAGGGUAUACCUUCCGGUAUAGGCAAGCUCGGUAACUUGGAAGUAUUCUCGGCUGCUAAUAAUGUUCUAGAAAUGAUACCCGAAGGACUAUGCAGAUGCGGAUCCUUAAAGAAACUCAAUCUGAGUUGUAACAAGCUGAUCACGUUACCGGACGCGAUACAUUUACUGAGCGACCUUGAGAGUUUACAACUACACGGUAACCCAGACCUCGUAAUGCCGCCGAAGCCCGUGGAGAGGCCCCGCGGAUCCGGCCUCCAGUACUAUAACAUCGACUUCUCUCUACAAACCCAGUUGCAACUGGCGGGCGCAGCGACACCGGAACUCUCGGCGCCCUGCUUAUCGGGCUCCAAGUCGGACCCCAUAGCGCGCAAGCUGCGCCUGCGCCGCGGCCGCGCGGAGCCCGAGCAGCGGGACUCGGCGCUCAUCCUGCGCGGCAUGCAGGAGCAGGCCAACACGCAGCACGCCGCGCGCGACGGGGACCUGCCGCACAGCGAGCUCAAACCAAAACGCUGGGAUGAGAGCUUAGAAAAGCCACCGUUGGAUUAUUCAGAAUUCUUCGACGAAGACACCGGACAGACGCCGGGGCUACAGAUUUGGGAAAUCGAGAACUUCAUACCGGCUCCCGUCGACGAGGUCGCACACGGAAAAUUCUUCGAAGGCGACUGCUACAUUAUCUUGAAGACAUCCAUCGAAGAACAGGGGCAACUGUCGUGGGAUAUACACUUUUGGAUCGGUUCCAAGGCAACUCUGGACAAGGGCGCGUGCGCGGCGAUGCACGCCGUGAACCUGCGCAACCUGCUGGGCGCCAAGCGCACGCAGCGGCACGAGCAGAACGACGAGUCGCCGGAGUUCCUCGCGCUGUUCCCCACGCCGCCCGUCUACAUCAACGGCAGCAGGACCCCCUCGGGCUUCUUCACCGUGGACGACCCGCACUACGUGACGCGCCUGUACCGCGUGCACGGCGCCGGCAGCUCCAUACACCUGGAGCCCGUCGCCGUGCGGGCCGCCUCGCUCGACCCCAGAUACGUGUUCGUGCUGGACACCGGCCUCGUCAUAUACUUGUGGACCGGCAAAAAAGCUAAGAACACGUUAAAAUCAAAAGCGCGACUUUUUGCUGAGAAGAUAAACAAGGAGGAGAGAAAGAACAAGGCGGAGCUAAUAUCGGAGCUGCCCGGAAAAGAAUCGAAAGGAUUUUUGCAGAUUUUGGAAUACACGGACGAAGCACCUUUCGUAGCUGAGGAGCACGUGCCGGAACAGUUCACGUGGUCACCCCCGCGGCUGUACCGCGUGGAGCUCGGCAUGGGCUACCUGGAGCUGCCGCAGGCGGGCGGGGUGCUGGAGCGGAACAUCCUCGCCACCAGGAACGUCUACAUACUGGACGCGCACCAGGACUUGUUCGUUUGGUUCGGCAAGAAGUCGUCCCGGCUGGUGCGCGCGGCGGCGGUGAAGCUGGCGCAGGAGCUGUUCGGCAUGGCGCCGCGCCUGCCGCACGCGCUCGUCACGCGCCUGCAGGAGGGCACCGAGACGCAGGUUUUCAAGACGUACUUCCUGGGCUGGGAGGAGGUUAUCGCGGUGGACUUCACUCGCACGGCGGAGUCUGUGGCUCGCACGGGCGCAGACCUCGCUUCCUGGGCUAAACAGCAGGAGACCAAGACGGAUCUGUCAGCGCUGUUCACACCCCGACAACCAGCGAUGUCAGCAACCGAAGCUAAGACCUUGGCAGACGAAUGGAACGAGGAUCUCGAGGCUAUGGAAGCUUUCGUACUAGAGGGUCGACAUUUCGUCCGUCUGCCCGACCCGGAGCUGGGCAUCUUCUACAGCUGCGACUGCUACGUGUUUCUAUGUAGAUACGUGCUGCCCGCCGAGGCGGAAGACGACAGCUCCGGCUCGGGCGCCGCGGACGCGGAGGCCGAAGCGGAGGCGGAGGCGGAAAGCGCAUCGUGGGUCGUGUACUUCUGGCAGGGCCGGCGGGCGCCCAACAUGGGCUGGCUCACCUUCACCUUCGGCCUGGAGCGCAAGUUCAAGCAGCUUUGCCGCCGUCUGGACGUCGUGCGCACGCACCAGCAGCAGGAGAGCCUCAAGUUCAUGGCGCACUUCCGGAGGCGGUUCAUCAUACGAGACGGGAAGAGGAAUCAGAAGCCGACGGGCGAGCGGCCGCCGGUGGAGCUGUUCGAGCUGCGCAGUAACGGCUCGGCGCUGUGCACGCGCCUCGUGCAGGUGAAGGCCGACGCCGCCAACCUCAACAGCGCCUUCUGCUACAUCCUGAACGUGCCACUAGAAGGCUCCAAGGAGCAGUCUUCGGCAAUCGUGUACGCGUGGAUCGGUAGUAAAAGUGACGCGGACUCUGCGCGACUCAUUGAACAAAUCGCUGACGAGAAGUUCAAUAACCCCUGGGUCAGCCUCCAGGUAUUAGCCGAAGGCAGUGAACCUGACAACUUUUUCUGGGUUGCUCUGGGCGGACGGAAGCCGUACGACUCGGACGCCGACUACCUGAACUUUACACGUUUAUUCCGAUGUUCCAAUGAGAAGGGAUACUUCACUGUAUCGGAGAAAUGUACAGAUUUUUGUCAGGACGACUUGGCAGAUGACGAUAUUAUGAUAUUGGACAAUGGCGAGCAAGUGUUUCUGUGGCUUGGAGCGCGGUGUUCCGAGGUUGAAAUCAAACUGGCAUACAAAUCUGCUCAGGUAUACAUUCAACACAUGAAGACAAUGCAGCCAGACAGAACGCGGAAACUGUUCCUCACACUGAAGGACAAAGAGUCGCGGCGGUUCACCAAGUGCUUCCAUGGUUGGGGAGAGCACAAGAGACCUCCGGAAUAACAUACUAAAUUAUUCUCAUUAUUUAUGAAAGUCCAUGUUAAAAUGUAUUCACAUCGAACAAACAAGGAAGAAUUACAAUUAUUGGACUGCUUUAUCGGCAAAUUUACAGACAUAAGAGUAUUAAUAUCUCUCAUAUAUGGACGCAAAAAGAACAGCAAAUGUAACAGGGAAAAUAGUCUGUUAAAUUUGUUACUUGUAUACAACAGUAUCAAAACCA